AUGUCUUUUCCGAAGCCUCAAGCAAUUGAGCUGCCAUCUACCGUUAAAGCCGGUGCUGUGGCGGAGGAGCUCAAUGGGGUCACUACAAAGCCUUUACAUAUGCGCGACAUAGAAAUGGUUCGCUUAAUUGGGCAGUACCUUUGUGACAAGGGAUACAACAAUGCAUACAAGCAAUUGGCGAAAGAUUCGGGCAUUGUUCUCGAGCCCCAGCCGGCGACCGAUCUCAGGGCGGCCAUUCUAUCGGGCGAUUGGAAUGCUACUGAAAAAGCCGUUGAGGAACUAGCUCCUACCAUAGACAAUCCAUCCAAUUUGGCCCAUAUUCGAUUUCUUCUAUUGGAACAACAGUUCCUUGAGUUUCUUGAGGUUGAUGAAGUUGUCUCUGCCCUAUCUCUCCUUCGUCAUCGCAUAACUCCUCUCAAGCCUGAUCAGAAACGCCUUCAGAACUUGGCCCAAUGCCUCAUGUGCCGAACAACAGAAGAACUGCGAGCUCAGGCGGGUGGCUGGAGUGGAACAAAUGGUGGGAGUCGAGCUGCUCUUGUGGACUGUAUCCAGCGCUUCAUGCCCGCUCAAACAAUGCUUCCACCGGGCAGGCUAGAAACUCUAGUCACAGAAGCUGUUCGGUCUCAGCUCACAAGCUGCACUUUCCACACACAGCCAAUUUGUUGGCCUGAUGCUUUGGAAUCCAUGUCAUUAUUACAACCGCACGCCUGCAGCAUUCAGGACUUUCCUGUAUUCACUGUUCAGAAAAUUGAGCAUAGAGAGAGCGAGCUUUACUUCUGCGUCUUUUCUCCUGAUGGCAAUUACCUGGCCACCGGUGGUAAGGAUGCCAACGUUGAUGUCUGGAAAGUUGACCCAGAAUCACACACAAUCCACUCCCCACGAACCUUCUACACCAUAGAGGCAUCUAUUAGCCAUAUUUGCUGGUCACCAGACUCAAAAAAACUUGCUGUUUGCUGUGGUUUGCGGCCUGAACCAAUUAUGGUCUUCGAUGUUACCACUCGACGGCAGGUGUGCCAGAAACUGGAAAAGACUGAAGACGUCUACAUAACGGCUGCUUUCUUUGCCGAUAGUCGAAAGCUUGCUUUUGGUGGCCUUAAAGGCGGCUGCUUCUACAUCAUUGACACUGAAGAUGACGGUAAGAUGCUGUUUACGCACGAGUAUUGCCGCGUGCAGUGCAUGGUUGCCAUCAUUCCUCCACCAGCACCCACUGCUGCCAUGGUAGCAGCCACCCUCGCCGCUGGUCUCACACCCGAGGCCGCGAUGGAGAUGGACCCCAAUACAUCGCUACGAAGUCCUUCGACGGCUGCUGCUGUCGCUCUGGAACAACUCCUCGCACCCGUUGAUCAACUGCUCAUUGUUGAUCACAUGUAUCGCAUCCGCAUAUUCCGUUUUGGUUACACCACUUCGGGCUCUGGAAGUGACAGUGGCGUGGUUGCUGCGGCUUCCGCCGGCCGUGGAAAUGUCUUGCCUCAGGAAGCCGAUAUGUGGUCCGCUAACCGUGGGGGGAGUGUGGCCCCCAUUAUCGUGGCCCUACAGAACGCCCUCUUUUCCUCUCGGGUUGGAAGUCGAGGAGUCCCUGCCGGUGUCCCUCUGACUCCUCUACCACCACCACCGCCACCGCCACCCGCUGGCACUCCGGGUGGGGUUAAUGUGUUUCCUAUGCGUCAGACCACCUCUGACUCCAAUUUUGGUGUCCUCGGUAUAGGCAGGCAACAGACACAACCUGCCAGCACUCCUGGUUCUGUCAUUGGUCUUGCCGGAGAUCCACGAAACCUCGGAAGCCUGGCACAGCAAGUAGUUGUUCAGAUACAGCCCAGUCUCACCAGCCCUGGAUUCGCACUUCAAGCCAUCAACAGGGACGGUAGCACGUCGAGCGCCUCCAGUCUCGUUGGUCCUGGACCCGUCGGCACUGGGUAUACCGUCGAGUCAGUCCCUCUUUCUUCUUUUCCCGCUUCUCUCGCUGCUGCCACGGUCAUGACCUCUGCCCUUCCCAGCAUUAUGCAGAACUACUACUGGCGUUCAGGCAGCAUCUCGACCAUUCCAAUCCCUCGCGGCAAUGCUAGUGGUGGCGGUAGCGGCAGUACCAGUGCUGGCGGAAAUACGUCACGAACUGGGACCGCGGCUGCGACAACGAUGGCCUCGGGACUUCAGGAGGGUGACUCGGACACGGCGGAGGUCUCAACGAACACGGAGGCAGCGAUGGGCACGACGCAGACCGCCUCUGCCUCCAACUCCGCCUCAGCGUCGGUAUCGCAAGGACAGGUAUACAGUCUCCUACAUCAGGCUACUCUGAUUAAGGAAAUGCACCCUGUUCAAUCCAUUGUACUUUCGCCCUCAUGCAAGCGUCUUCUCGUGGGUCUCAACGCAAAGGGAAUAAUUCUUUGGGACUUGGAAUCUCAUGGUAUUAUUCAGCGGUUCUACGGCCAUCAUCAAGUUCAGCAAAAACUAUACUACACUUUCUGUGGUUUCAACGAGGACUUCAUUGCUUGCGGAAGUGAGAAUGGCUUCGUCCACAUUUGGCGUGUGGGCAGUCCACAAGGUAGCAGGCCUAUUCAUUCGUCAAUGGCGGCCAGCAGUAACGAGACUUCUGUCACCGGAGUUCACUGGAAUCCCGCCAUCCCCACCAUGAUGGCUUCGGUCAACGAUGAUGGAGAAAUCCGAAUCUGGGGCUCUGCAAAGUACGCCAGUGGCUGCACAUGA